UCAUCAUCCAUCAUCCUCCCUCUUCAUCUAAUCUCCCCCUUCAAAAUGGUCGUCUUCAACAAGGCUGCUGCCCUCCUCUUGGGCUUGACCACUGCGGCGACAGCUGCCCCCCUGGCCGAGGAGGCCGUCGCUGCCUCCUCGCCCAAGACCUUCUCGGUCAAGCAGGUGGCCAAGGCUGGCAGCAAGGGACGCACGGUGAAUUUGCCGGGGCUGUACGCCAACGCGCUGGCCAAGUACGGGGCCAGCGUGCCGGCCAGCGUCAAGGCGGCGGCGCAGAGUGGCAGCGUCGUGACCACCCCCCAGGCCAACGACGAAUCGUAUCUGACCCCCGUCACGGUGGGCCGCUCGACCCUGAACCUGGAUUUCGAUACUGGCUCCGCCGACCUCUGGGUCUUCUCCUCGGAGCUGUCCGCCUCCUCGCGCUCCGGUCACAGCAUCUACACCCCCGGCAGCACCGCCAAGAAGAUGUCGGGCUACAGCUGGAGCAUCUCUUAUGGUGACGGCAGCUCCGCCAGUGGUGACGUCUACAAGGACAAGGUCACCGUUGGCACCGUCACUGCCGCCAGCCAGGCGGUCGAGGCGGCCAGCAGCAUCAGCUCCGAGUUCGUCCAGGACACGAACACGGAUGGUCUGUUGGGGUUGGCCUUCAGCUCCAUCAACACUGUCUCCCCCGUGGCCCAGACCACCUUCUUCGACACCGUCAAGUCCAGCCUGGACGCCCCGCUCUUCGCCGUCGACCUGCAGUACCACACAGCCGGCACCUACGACUUCGGCUUCAUCGACUCCUCCAAGUACACCGGCUCCCUGCACUACGCCGCCGUUGACGACAGCCAGGGCUUCUGGCAAUUCACCGCGAGCGGCUACGGCGUGGGAGAUACCGCCUCCAAGUCGACUGCUUUCUCUGCUAUUGCCGACACCGGCACCACCCUCAUCCUCCUCGACGACUCCAUCGUCUCCGACUACUACAACAGCGUCCGCAGCGCCUCCUACUCCGACAACUACGGCGGCUACGUCUUCUCCUGCUCCGCCUCGCUGCCCGACUUCAGUGUCAAGAUCGGCUCGUACACGGCCGUCGUGCCCGGCCAGUACAUCAACUACGCGCCCAUUUCCUCGGGUAGCUCCACUUGCUAUGGUGGCAUUCAGUCGAAUGAGGGCCUGGGGCUGUCCAUUCUCGGUGAUGUGUUCCUCAAGAGUCAGUAUGUGGUGUUUGAUUCCCAGGGACCGAGAAUUGGGUUCGCUGCGCAGGGUUAAGAAGUCGAGGCUCUGUGCUGAGGAAUAGGAAUUGAAGCUUGGGCUUGAGGGAGGGAAUGGUGUUGUACCCGGGUGGUGAUGGGUAGGGUUGAACAUAUGGAUGGAUGGGGUGAUGAAUAUAUGCUUCCUUUCGAUGUGGAUAGUGAUGAAUGGAUAUGCU